AGUGAGUGAUCGAUAGGCAAGUGAUAAUAGUGCAAUAUGUCUAAUAUUCUAAAGGAAGUGUAUGAAGAAUGGGACGAAUUACUGGAAGAUUAUAAAAAGUUGGACGCUGUCAACGAAGUGUAUUUGAAGAAAAUUAAAGAAGUGACUGCAUUACAAGACAAUUGUAAAAAACACAUUAUACAUCAAAGAUACAGAAUACAAAAACUAAGUCAGUCGUUGAAAGAUGUAUCAGAAAAUCCAAAAGCCAAAGAAAUGCACGAAAAGUUUGCGAAGCGAGAAGCAGAUCUGCAAGAUAUUGAACAAAAUUUACCAAGAAAAAGUGACAGAUAUAUGUUAAAAAUUAUUUUAGGUAGAAUAGAUGUGUCAUUUCUAAACAAAGAAAGAAAAUUUCAGUACAAAGAAGACUACGAGAAAUUUAAACUUGUCUGCCAUUUUAUUGCUUUCGUUUUAGCUGUUACUUUAAAUAAUUACAAUCAUAGAUUUUUGGACAAGUUGUUCGCCGGCUUUUUGGCAUGGUACUAUUGUACUAUUUCAAUUAGAGAAAGUAUCCUCAAGGUAAAUGGAUCCAGAAUCAAAGGUUGGUGGAGAGUUCAUCACAUUCUUUCUAUAGUUAGUUCUGGUUUGUUACUAACGUGGCCUGACAAUGAACCAUGGGAGUUGUUUAGGGUGUACUUCAUCCGCUAUACUAUUUACAGUGCUUUUGCUCAGUACCUUCAGUUUAAGUACCAACGUGGAGUUCUCUACAGACUAAAAGCUCUUGGUGAAAUGGAAAACAUGGAUAUCACCGUAGAGGGUUUCCAUUCUUGGAUGUGGAGAGGAUUAACGUUCCUACUACCAUUUUUGUUUAUUGCAUAUAUUUUCCAGCUGGUCAAUGCUAUUGUUCUAUUUGACUUGAGCCAGCAUCCAGAGGCUUCUUGGGAAAGUUCUGCACUGGCUAUUAUCUUCUUAGUGUUCUUCGUUGGUAAUUCAAUCACAACCUUAGGUGUUAUUCCAAAGAAGACGAAGAAAAAUAUGUUAAUUAAAUAUAAGAUAUUGUCUAGUAAAUUUUAUGAAACAAUUAGUGAUUCUGUAAGGAAAGACAACUCCAAGGAUAGUAGAAAAAAAGAAAGUAAGCUAAAUUAAAAAUUAAGUUGAUUUGAAUGGAUAUUUUUAAAGUUAUAAUAUACAUUUUGUUUACAAAAGUGUGAUAUUAGUUUUACGAGAACUUCUUUGUAAUUAAUAAAGUGUUGUAUUUUUAUAA